AUGGUUCGAAUUGAAAUGGACCCACUGGAUGAGGGGGAAAAUAUUCGUCACCUGAAAUGUGUUCUGGUUGGUGACGCUGCCGUAGGGAAAACAUCGCUUAUCGUUUCCUACACCACAAACGGUUAUCCGAAACAAUACACACCAACGGCAUUUGAUAAUUAUUCUGUAUUGGUAAGGGUAGAUAAUCAACCAAUACGUCUACAACUCUGCGAUACUGCUGGAAAGGCUGGCUUCGACUCUCUACGACCAUUUACCUACCCGGACACAGAUGUAUUCCUGCUAUGCUUCAGUGUCAUGCUACCCGGUACUCUCCGUUCAAUUACCGAUCAUUGGAUACCGGAGAUUAACAAAACAGUACCUAAUGCACCUGUAAUCCUAGUUGGUACUCAAUCAGAUUUACGGGCAAAUGUUGGUUUGGUAAUUGAUUUAUGCAAAAAUGGUGAGCAACCGGUCAGUGAAUCAAAAGCUCGAAUGUUAAGCGAUGAUUUAUGCACUGAUUACUUGGAGUGUUCCGCAUUAACGCAACAUAAUCUGAAGGAAGUUUUUGACGCAGCCAUUUUGACAGCGUUACGCAGUAAGUCAUCAUCCAAUACUACCACCUCGUAUGCAACCAAAAUUACCAGUAUGAUACGUCUAACACGUGAACAACGAGGUAUUCUUGCUAGCGGUAAUAAUGGCGCUGAAAGAGAUGCCAAGAAAGCAAGUCGCAUUAGGCAAGGCUUCAAAAGGAUUGUCACCUUGACGAAAAGGUUUCUUUAA